AUGCCGCUCUGCACGCUGCACCUCCUCGCCCUGACGGCGGACGCCACGCCCGAGGCCUUCCUCGCCGCCCUGCGCAGCGCCGGCGUCGCCGCGCCGCUGUUCGCCGCACGCGUGCACGCGCCCGUCAUCCGCGCGCUGGCGCUCGACGGCGUGCUGCUGAGCUGGACGCCGUGGUCGCUGCUGCUGCUGCUGCCCGCCGCCGCCACGCCCGUACGCCUGCGCGACGACCCGGCGCUGGCGCGCCUCGCCGACGUCGAGUACGUCGUCACCUCGGGCGUGCCGUCGCGCCUGCUCGGCGCCUACGCCGCCACGACGCGCCGCCUCAACGCGGCGCCCCGCCCGCGCCUCCAGAGCGACGCACGCAGCCCGGCGCGCACCGUGCCGGGCAAGGUGCCGUCGACGUCGCAGAACCUCGAGCCGUCGCCCGAGCUCGAUGCGCUCAUCGAGCGCCUCGACCGCGCCGGCACGGGCGCGGCGCCGGUGUGCAUGCUCAACCUGCUCGCCUUCCGCAAGAGCAAGGAGGACGUGGCGCGCUACCACGAGUAUGGGCAGCAGUUCAACAAGGUCGCCGCGCCCUUCGGCGGCGAGCCCAAGAUUCUCGGCAGCGUCGUCAAGCCGCCGGCGCAGGCGACUGCCGCCGGCUCGUACCCGGACUCCCGAGGCCGCCCGGAUCGCACGGAGCCGUGGUGGGACGAGAUCUCCAUCGUGCACUAUCCAUCGCUGCGGCAGUUCAACGACAUGGCGAGCAGCAGCGCCUACCAAGGCAUCAAUCGCGAGCUGCGGCUGCCUAGUCUGAGGGACACGACCAUCAUCUGCACGCAAGAGAUACCCCUGUAG